UUUAUGUUUUCUUUCCUUCAGAUACCUAAUUCAUUUCAGUGUCACAUACAGCAAACUCAAGUAUAUGGAGAGCCAGAGAAACACCUCAGAAUUCGUUCUUCUAGGACUUUCGUAUGACCAGAAUGUACAAAUAUUUUGCUUUGUGCUCUUCUUAUUCUGUUAUGUUGCCCUGUUGGCAGGAAACCUGCUGAUCCUCGUCUCCAUUCGAUGCAGCCCUCUUUUCCACCAACCCAUGUACUAUUUCCUCAGCCACUUAUCCUGUAUGGACAUCUGCUAUACCUCUAGUGUUACACCCAAAUUCAUUGCUGACCUACGAGGGGGAACAAAAACGAUCUCCUAUGGUAAUUGCAUGUUCCAGGUCUUUGCUAUGCACUUCUUUGGGAGUACUGAGGUCUUUGUCCUCACAGUCAUGGCCUUUGAUCGCUACGUGGCUAUCUGUAAACCUCUCCACUACCUGCUUAUCAUGAACAGGACAAGAUGCAAUCUUCUAGUCUUGGCUGCUUGGGCUGGUGGGGCUCUCCAUUCUCUUCCUCAAUUAUCGAUGACCAUCCAAUUGCCAUUUUGUGGACCUAAUGAGAUUGAUCACUAUUUUUGUGACAUCUUGCCUUUGUUGAAAGUUGCCUGUACUGAUACCUACAUCACUGGUGUCCUUGUGGUUGCCAAUUCAGGUCUGGUCGCUUUAGUGACCUUCGUUGUCUUAUUUGUUUCUUACGUCAUUAUAUUGUUUAGUCUAAGACAUCGUUCGGCCGAGGGAAGACACAAAGCCCUCUCCACCUGUGGGUCUCAUAUCACUGUGGUCAUCUUAUUUUUUGGGCCUUCAAUCUUUGCCUACCUUCGACCUCCGACCACGUUCCCCCAGGACAAAAUAUUCGCUCUGUUUUACACCAUCAUCGCUCCUAUGUUCAAUCCCUUAAUCUACACCCUGAGAAAUACAGAGAUGAAAAGUGCGAUGAGAAAAGUUUGGUGUCAAACAUUAUUUUUGAAGGAAGCACACAAUUAAUCCAAGGAAACAUACAGCUAAGCAUCUUUAUAAACGAAAAGGGCCUGAUGUGACAAGAAAAGCUAAGAAAUAUUUCUGGGUGGAGCCUGGGUGGCUGAUUCGGUUAAUCAUCUGACUCUUGGUUUUGGCUCAGGUCAUGACC